UCGAGAUUAAAGUGUGAGGUGUUUGGACACAUUGCACGUCGCAAUGAUGGCGAAUCUGUGCGCGAAUCUGCGCGAAUAAUCUUGCAGUAAUGAUAAUGAUUGUACAUUUUAUCGCGGGUGAUCGAGGGUGACAACGAACUCGCGAGCGAAUCCGGCCUCCUCGCGUCUUACGCUUAAUGACUCUUGAAUUUUUAUAAGCAAGCGAGAAUGGGUGUUGGCCUUAAACCAUUAGAGUUUACGGAUUGUUUAACCGACAGUCCGUACUUCCGUGAGAAUCUACACUAUCACGAGCGCGAAUUGGAAAAAACCAGUCAACAGAUUAAGCGGCUCGUUAAAGAGGUUAAAGAUUUAUUGUUAGCUGCUAAAAAUUUGUCCAGAGCUCAGAGAGCCUUUUCCAAAACAUUACAAAACUUUAGUUUUGAAUGUAUCGGGGAGAGCCAAACUGAGGAUGAAACACAUAUAUCUCAAAGUUUAAAAGAAUUUGGCAAACUUAUUGCAUCCAUAGAAGAUGAAAGGGAUCGCAUGCUGGAACGUGCGUAUGAUCAGAUUAUACUGCCUUUGGAGAAUUUUAGGAAAGAACAUAUCGGGGGAGUUAAGGAUGGAAAAAAAAAAUUUGAAAAACAAACGAUUAAAUUUUGUCAAAGUCAAGAACGUUACUUAAAUUUAUCCACUAAAAAACAGGACAAUGUGCUGCAAGAGGCUGAUGCAACAUUGGAGAUGGCUGAAAGACAUUUCUCUCAAGCUAGCUUAGAAUAUGUAUUCUUAUUGCAAGAAGUUCAAGAGCGGAAAAAAUUUGAAUUUGUCGAAACGUUAUUGGGAUUUAUGUUUGGAUGGCUGACAUUCUACCAUCAAGGCCAUGAGGUAGCAAAAGAUUUUAAACCUUACAUGACGGAGUUACAAUUAAAGAUUCAGAAGACUAGAGAGAAUUUCCUUGCUACCCGGGAUAAAACCGAAUCGCUUAUGAAUAAAAUGAAGGACAUGAAGAAGUCCACAAUAGAAAGUGGUCUCAACAAACUGCAUUCGCGCGAAGGUUAUCUAUUCCUAAUGGAGAAAAAAGCGUUUGGUACAACAUGGACAAAACAAUACUGUACAUAUCAGAAAGACAAGAAAGAGUUUACUAUGAUCCCUUACAAUCAGCUCACGGGUAAAUUUGUAAGUAGCAGCAAGGAAACUUUUACGCUAGCAUCUUGCAUACGACGCACGUCAGACUCUAUUGAAAAAAGAUUCUGCUUCGAUAUCACUGCCAUUGAUAGACCUAAUGUAACAUAUACGUUUCAAGCGCUUUCUGAAGAGGAUAGAAAAUUGUGGAUGGAUGCCAUGGAUGGAAAGGAACCUACUUUUCCGCGAUUAGGUUCUUCCGCAAAAUCUGAGGAUAUGACGUUGGAUGAAAACGGUUUUACGUUUGUUUCCAAGUGUAUUGCGGCCCUUGAAGAUAGAGGACUCGAAGAACAAGGUUUAUACAGAGUGGUCGGUGUCGCCUCUAAGGUAAACAAACUCCUGACAAUGGGGCUCGAUAAGAGGAAAGUAGACAAGCUCAACUUGAAUGAUCGUUUCGAAUGGGAGAGCAAAACUAUUACCAGCGCGCUUAAAACAUACCUGAGAACGUUAUCCGAGCCGUUAAUGACUUUCCGAUAUUACAACAGCUUCAUUACAGCUGCGAAACAGGAGAUGAAGGAAACUCGGAUAAAUGAUAUACACAACCUCGUUUAUCGACUACCUAAGACCAACUUCAAUAUGCUGAUUCUUCUUAUCACUCAUCUUUGCACUGUGGCGAAGAAAAGUGAUAAAAAUCUAAUGACUGUGGGAAACUUGGCGGUAUGUUUUGGUCCAACUUUGCUACGGCCGGAAGAAGAAACUGUGGCUUCUAUAAUGGAUAUUAAAUUUUAUAAUAUCGUUGUGGAGAUAUUGAUCGAGAAUUGUGAAAGAAUAAUAGCCGGUCCACCUCAAGAUUCAUCGCGCGUAGCGGCAAUACAAGCCACCGUGGUUCCGAAUAAAUCGCAAUGUGUCAAAAUGGAGGAAGGCCCGACUUCCUCAGGGAAUGGAACGGCAUUCUUAAGAUAUCCGCGACACACAGCCGUUACACCUGCUACAUCGUCACACGCGCACCUUGUUACAAGAUCCUACUAUGAUGGCCAGCCUUUAACUGUUAAUAAACCACCCACCGUCGAUGAACGAAAUAACGGGGAUUACGAAGAUCUCGACAAUACCAGUCAUCGUAUACCACCAUCGUACUUGGACAGUCGUGGAGGUCGAAUAAAAUUGACCAACGCGAACCUUAUGUAUCAUUCGGCCGAAAAAGUUCUGAGUGGUGGUAAUACAAGUAGUUCGAGUGAAUCGAUCGCGUCAGAUCCACAUCCAUUUACAGGCGAAUUACCGGUAAAACAAAAACGUGGCACCAUGAUAUCCGUACAUUAUCCUACGGCUUAUCCUCAACGCAGUAACUCGUCGAUAUGUCCCAUUAAUACUUCACCGAAUAGUGGACGUUCGAGUCCUGGUCAAAUACCAGGAAUUUGGAGAGUACGAACUCUGUACGCGUGUAUGGCGGAAAACGAUGGCGAGUUAUCAUUUGAACCAAAUCAAAUUAUUACAAAUGUCAAGGCUUCUUUGGAACCAGGUUGGUUAGAAGGCACAUUGAAUGGCAAAACGGGCUUAGUGCCCAAAAAUUAUGUUGAGCAGUUGCCCUAAAUAUUACAAAAAAACCAAAGUAUUGUUGAAGAUUCUCCGUCAUUAUGAAAUGUUGUUUUAAUUAUUCUUGGUAUUGCUGAAGAAAGCAAACUUGUGAAAGUUAUACAACGCGAUAUUAAAAAUAUUCGCGUUGCUAAUUUUCUUUGGCUAUACACACUGCUUAGUCAAUUAUUUAUAUAUAUAUAUAUAUAUAUAUAUAUAUAUAUAUAUAUAUAUAUAUAUAUUCGCGCGCGUAUAAGCGUUAUUUAUUAGAAAAGCCAUUUUACUCUAUGUAUCUAAAUUGUAUAUAUAAUCACUUGGGAGUGAUAUAUAUGUGCAUAAGGACCAUAUAUAGAAUUAAUAUAUCUGAUGUAUUUCAAUACAGAUUUAUAUUGAAAGAUUCACAUAUAUGUACAUGGAAAUUCCAUAUGGAGCUUGUAGGAGAUUUUAAAGGCAAUAACCAUUCGUUUAUAUUGUAUUAUAAUAUAAUGAAAUAUAAUGCAAUGUAUUGAAUAUUAGGUACAGAAAAUUUUUCACAAACUUAUGUACAUACAGAGUAAAUGCUUAUCUUUGGUGUUAUUUUUUUUAUAUCUGUACUAGAAAAGCAAAGCACGAUUUACAUACAACAAAAUGCGAUAGUAUAUAAAAGAUAUGCUGGAUUCAAAAACUGAAAGAAUUAAAAAAAUUAAAAAAUUUCAGUUUUGAUCUUAUAAUGGAAGCAUAUACGCAUGAAUGUCAAUAGAUAUAUAUUAUUACAAUGUCAUCGAUUGCCACGUGAUAUGCAUAGUUCAUAUGAUUGGUCAUAUUAGUAAUACUCAUAGAUCAGUAAUACUGCUGCAUAAAUGCCUAUUAUUUCUAGAUACAUGUCUAAACUACAGUUACAGUAUUAUCCGUCAAUAAAAAAUAACUUAAAAGAGAUA